AGAGCGCGGAAGUGCAUGCAAAUUUAUGAAUGUGAUACCGAAAGUAACUUUGUCUUUACCAUUAAAAUCUGCUCGAGUUUAAAGAAAGACAUUCAGCACGUCAUAAUGGCAAAUCGUAAAGAUGAUAUUAUGAAACUCUGCUGUGAAAUCUCCGCAAAUAAGAAGAUACAAGCAGCAUUUAAGAACUCGGCGAAAGGAGCCGCAGUUGCUGGGGGAGGUGCUUUUGUUGGAGGUCUGAUCGGAGGUCCAGCUGGCAUAGCUGUUGGUGCUGCUUUGGGAGGUGCGCUGGGAGGAUGGAUGACCAGUGGCCAGUUCAAGCCACUUCCUGAGAUCAUCAUGGAGUUGGCUCCUACACAGCAGGAUAAACUGUACUCUGACAUCAUGGCAGUAAUGGGUACACUGAAAUGGACUGACCUCGCCCAGUUAAUAGCUCAAGUUAAUGGGAAUACCGCUCUACAUGAACAAGUUCUGGCUGCUAUUCUCAAUUACACUAAAACCCAGCUCAAAGCUGAUGUGAAGUAUGAAGAUUGAACACUGAGGGUGAAUGUCGCUGGUUUAGUUACCCUUUUAAGUUAUAAUUUAAAACUAAGUUAUAAAAGUUAUAAUUUCGGUUA